AUGAUUGAUCUUGAGCACGAAGCUCUACACAAAGGAAACCAUCCUGAUUAUAUAGACCUUCGUCCUCCAUUGGAUCUCUUGGAUCCUGAGAGUUUGUGGACCUUCGAUUCGUAUGGACCUACGAUUCGUAUCCCUGAAUAUGCAGGGUCCAUCACGUGGGGAGACUCUACGAACCGAUUACCAUACAAUUUUGUAGCCUAUACGAAGUAUCCAAGUUCAGAUUCCGAUUCCGAUUCAAAAAUUCAUAUAUGUGCCUAG